AUGGCGUUCUGGAUAUCAGGUAUGGACUCAAAAUGCGUUCGUUUCAUGGCCAAUUUUUUUUGAGGGAAAAAAAAGAAGUCGCAGGGUGACAUAUCCGGCGAAUAGGGCGCCUGUGGCAACACUGCGAUGUUCUUAGAGGUCAAAAAUCGCGACACACUGAAGGCAUGAUGGCAUGGAGCAUUGCCAUGAUGAAGGUACCAUCUUUGCACACAGAUUUUUCAUGGACAAAUCAUCAGUUAAAAUUUUUCUGACGGUUUCUUAUUUCAAAUUAAGUUUAUCAGCCAAUAUUCGAACGGUUAAACGCCUAUCUUGAUGCACGAGNUCACGGCCAUUUUUAAAAUUUUUAUGCCACCGAAACACUUGAGCACGACUCAGGGCUUCAUCACCGAAUACUUUCACCAAUUUAUCGUACGUUUCCAUAACGGAAUCGCCGAGUUUAACGCAAAAUUUAUGUUACGUUGUUCCAUAUUUGUGACACGCCUUAAAAACACGUUGUCGAAAACAUAACACAACUGGAAAACUAAUUAUUGUACGAAAAUCGCGAGCACAUGUAUCGAUAGAGGAGGAAUGAGAGAUUAACCGAACAAAGUUUCAGAUUCGCAGUGUUACCAGAAGUGUGGCAAAAAAAACAGUCUUAUGACUUAUUGGUCAGACCUUGUAUUAUUAAAAUUAAAUGCUGAUUUCUUUUAAAUGGUAUACAGAUGUCAGUGUGUAUAGUUGAUAAUGCGUUGAGCGUUUACUUAAGUUUACUUAAGGUAUUAAUAAGUGAUAUUAGUCUGUAGUUUUCAACGUCGAUAAUAUUUUAUUAUACAGGUAGGAUAAUAUAAAUAUUUCAUAUUCAUUUUUUAUUUUUAUUUUUAAACAAUUUUUGAGGUGCCUCUAUAAAAAUAAUGUUUUUUCUAGACUAUUGAUUAUCCGUAUUAACCUAUAUUAACUUGAAUAAUAUCGAUUAUUAACACCCAAUCGUUUGUUUACAUUUUUUAUUCAGGAUUUUGAAAAAUUUAAUAUAUUCAACAGCCAAAAUCGAAAAUAUAAUUAAAUGAAUCUAGUGCAAAUAUCUGAAUUUUUGAUUCUGAGCGCAGUGGUUGGAUAACGAUGCAUUUUUUUAUAGCUAUUUGGAUCUUGUUUUUUGAAAACCACCAGGGAUGUUUACGACAUUCACUUUUUUAUUAUUUUAGACUCUGAAUGGAGCGAAGGAGCUUAUGAAUUUACAAUGAUGUUUUUUUUUUUUCUUUCUAUUUGUGUGCAACUUUUCUAUUAGAAAUCUUGCUCCGGUUUAAAACGAUAGAACUUUUUCUAGAAGUAAAUCUAACUGGGAAGCUUCCAUAAGGAUGUCAAUUUUUGAUUUUCUCAGUAGUUUUCUCAUAAAAUGUGAAAAACCGAAAAAACUGAGGAAAAACGGAAAAUGUACCAAAUGUAUUAGGUAGCUAAAAAAAAAAUUACUGCCUAUUUCCCCUCUUCCUCCUGUGAAUAACUUUUCUACAAUCAAUUUUGCUCAGAAUUGCAAUGAUGGUACAUUUUCUAAAAAGAAAAGUGACUUGGGUGGUUCUUAGGAAAGUCACUUUUGGUUUUCCUAACUAUUAUGUAAUAAAUAGAAAAUACCGCGAAAAAACACGGGAAAACUGAGAAAAAAGGUAAAAGAAAAACAACAAACAUUAUUAAAGAAAAUGUACAAUGCAUUUUUUAUGUAAUUAUUUUACCAUAAUAUUAUAUAAAUUAGUAUAUUAUUAACAAAGCAAUACUAUUAACUGAACUCCGUUUAAAAUUGUUUUUCGUUAAUAAUGGUUAAUCGUGGCGUACAGAUAUACAUUACAUUUCCCCUCUACCUUCUCAACUUCUCACCAAAAAUAGCGGCUGACCCACGUGCGAAGCAUGUCCGUCUUUUUUAGAAGUGAUUCUAAAAUAUUAUUUACCUUAACAAUUUUACCUUCCUUUUGCCAGUGAAUAUAUUUUCUAAAUGUUUGUGAUUUUUUUUUUUUCUGAAGAAUACUGUUCACCACUACGUUACACGAAGGAGAAAACACAAAGAUAUACCUGAAACAAAUUGAAAGUUCUGCGAUGGAGUCGGUUCUACAAUAUAUUUAUACGAGACAGAUAGACUUAAAUUACGAUAACGUACUGGAAGUCAUGCGGACAGCCGAUUAUUUUUGUAUCGAUGGACUGGUAGAACUUUGUCACUGGUACCUCGUCGAAUGUCUUGGGCCCGAUAAUUGCGUCAAAAUACUGCAAUUUUCAGAGUAAGUAUAUUGGAACUUCAUUAUUUCGCAUCGGAUGUACUCAUACAUAACUUUAAGCAAGACUUAAUUAACGUCCAGUUCUACAAAAAUACACACAUUGAAUAGUUUUUAGUUUUUUAAAAAAAAAUAUUAUAACUUAUUUUCUUUAGUAAUUUAUUAUAACAAAAAUAAAGCUAAAAAACAAGUAAAGCAUUUUAAUAGUUAGUGUUAUAUGAAGCUGUGAACAUAUUAAGAAAUCAUGAUAAUUAUAUGUGUAUUAUGCAUAUGUAUGUGAAAGGAGCUUUAAAGGUUUAGGCCAAUUUUAAAAUAAAACAAUUCUACCGAUAUCCCAAAAUGAGGUUUCAAUUGAUUUAAAAAAAAAUAUCGACUCCACAAUGUUAUCCCAAAAGAUAAACAGGCAGUUCAAACAUUUUUAUAGUGAAAGUUCUGCCUAUAGAUAUUAAUUUAAACACUCCUUAUCUCAACUACAAUAUUAUUGUGUUCAGUUUGAAUGUGAGUGUGUAGUCAGAAUUUUCUUACACAAUUUCGUUCUUCAAGAACUUAAAAUUUAACAGGUUAUUACUGCAUUAAUAUAUAUAAUUAUUAUUAUUUGUUUUUUUUAUGUAAUAAUUGUGCCUCUGUUUGGAUUAUGAUUCGUUGCAGUGAUUAUUAUUUUGGACCGUUGGGCGACGCAGCGUUCAGAUACAUAGUCAAGGAAUUCAUGACAGUGGCGGAACAAGGUGACGAGCUCAUGAAUCUUACUCAGGGAGAAUUCAAAAGGAUUAUUGAAGAUAGUCAGCUGAACGUAAAACGCGAGGAAUUUGUUUGGGACGUUUUACUACAAUGGGUCGACAUGGAUCCGGAAAAUCGAAAAAACGAUUUAGUACAUCUGCUGCCUAUGGUUCGUUUCGGACUUAUGGAUUCCAAGUACUUUAUUGACAACGUAAUUUACGCAUUUUAUUGUAAAAUGUAUUUAAUACAUUUAAAUAUUCAUUAG